AUGAGACGAUGCCCGGUAAACACCAACGUUGGCGCGUUGCGCAAGCGUUUCUUCAGCACCACCAGCACGCCGCCGCAGCAGCCGGCAAUCUUCACUGAGUUGGACCACCGAGAAUACCAAAACCCGUUGCUGGCCCCGCACAACCAGCGAUAUCCAUUCCCGGGCAAUGUCAACGACGCCCAGCUCUACCACAAUCAGCCGACCAAAAAGAAGACGGCCCUCGAGAUGAACACGACGUCGUUGGGCGAGCUGCUGAAGCGCGAGAACGCCGCCUACAUGGACCGGUCCCAGGCGCAGAAGGCCCCCGAGUCGCUCGACGUGCUCGAUGACGCUGAAGUUGAACUGACGGCUCAACAGUGCCCGCGAUUGUUGAAGCGAGACCUGAAGCAGCUCUUCCCGAACAUGGACCUCUCCAAGGCGCACGUUAACGUCGUCAACUUGAGCCAGUACUCGGAGGCGGACCAGUCGGCCUGGACCCCGGAAAUGGAGGCUGAGCGAGACAAGCUGACGGCGAAUUUCAUCACCGCCGCGACAGCCAUCUGCCAAUCGUUGGAAGCUUCCGGCUACUGGGCAGACUUUGUCGACCCCGCCUCAGGACGCCCCUACUUUGGCCAAUUCACCAACGCCACCCUGUUCGAGACCGACCCCGCCUACCAGCAGAUGGGCUUCCAGAUUGAGGAUUUGGGGUGCUGCAAGGUGUUGAAGCACAUCAAGUGGGGCUCGCACGCGUUCGUCGGCACCAUAUUCACGGACGCGCCGCUGAACUGCGAGCUGAUGGAGGCGCUGCUCGAGGACAAACCUAUGGCCAGCACCACCAAAAUUGCUUCAUAUUCUCAAGCCCUACCCAAAGCAGAGCCGCUAGACGAUGAGCUCCCCAAGGCGUCGCGAAGAAAGGAAAAUCUAAAACUUUCGACUGCCGCCAGCACGAUAGCACUGGAUCGCAGCAGCGCACGGCGAAAGCGGCCGGCCGAUACGAAUUUGUUCAUCCCCGAAUCCGAGGUCAACCUCUCGGCAUGGCACAAAAUGGAGCCGCGCGGCCUCCUGUCUGCCUACCUUCAGCUGUCCAAGUCCAAGUUGACGCUGCUGAUCACCAGCACGGCGGCUGCAGGUUACCUCGUCGGCACCUCGCCAAUCGAAGCGUCCACGCUGAUCGCAUGUGCUGCGGGGACGGCUCUUCUAUCAUCGGCGGCGAAUGCGUGCAACCAGUUGCUGGAGGCGCCGUACGAUGCUCAGAUGAAGCGGACGCAGUCUCGAGUGCUGGUCGUCCAUCGAUUCUCGCCGCUACAUGCCUUGACGUUCGCCGGAGUGGCGAAUGCUGCUGGAUUUGCGCUGCUUUAUAACGUUUGCAACCCGCUGGCUGCCUGGCUGGGCGCGCUGAACUUUCUACUCUACGUCGGCGCCUACACGCCGCUAAAACGGAUACACAUCAGCUGCACGUGGGCUGGGGCUUUGGUCGGCGCCCUACCACCGCUGAUGGGCUACGCUGCGUCUACGGGUUCACUUGACGCCGCUUCUUUAACGCUAGCUGCAAUCCUCUUCUCCUGGCAGUUCCCGCAUUUCAACGGGCUCUCGUGGAAUUUGCGCCCCGAUUACAGCAAGGCCGGUUACCGGGUGAUGUGUGUCACGGACGAGCGCCUUUGCCGGGUGACCUCCCUGCGGCACUCCCUGGCCCUGAUAGGGCUGUGCUCGAUUGCAGCCCCGCUCUCCGGGCUGACGACCAUCUCGUUCGCCCUUGACACGCUGCCCGUCAAUGCGUAUUUGGCAUACCUCUCCUACAAAUUCUACAAGACGCCCGACUCCAAAAACUCGCGCCGCCUCUUCUUCUACUCGUUGCUCUACCUGCCCGUCACGAUGCUGCUGAUGGUCAUCGGUGCCGUCAGCAUCACCGAGGAGGAGCGCCAGCGUGGCGUGGCCGACCGGGCGCGCGACGCCGCCAAGUGGGCCGGUGUCGAGCUGCCCUUC